AUGACCCCACCGGCCAACACCACGAGCCUCUCCACUGGAUCCACCUACAGUGCGCGCGUGCCUAUCACUUCAGACAUCAUGCCGACUAUGCCUCUUACCCCUAGCUCGAUUGAUACUGCCGGGCCUCCGAGCAAGACACAGCCAGGCCAACCGGGUUCAUGCAAUCGUUGGUACCGUGUCAAGCCGGGCGACUCUUGCCAAAUAAUCUCGGAGCGUUCUGGUGCCUCCCUUUCCCUAGAUCAGCUAUUGGCUUGGAAUCCUGAACUGAAAAAAGACUGCGAGCAUCCUCUGAUCGACUACUGGGUCUGCGUGGGAAUUCCAGGCGGCUCUGGUAUGACUCUGGUCUAUCCCACUGGCUCGUCAAACGUUUCCAUUCCUCCAUACGCGUCCUGGACUCCGACCCCAACUCGAAACAUUACCUUCGAGCCAGUUGUCCCUGCCCCGACGCAAGCUGCUCUAGUCUCGAGCUGUCAGUCCUUCUACAAGGCUGCUCCGAAUGAUACGUGCGAUAACAUUCUACUCAAACACGGUCUAUUGAAUAAGAAGCUUCUUCAUCAGUGGAAUCCAGCUCUCAAGGAUGACUGUUCCGGUCUGAGGCCCGGGUAUUACUACUGCAUCGCUGCCUAUGACAACCUCCCACUUCCUCCCCAUGUUACCACUCCGCCCCAUCCAACGCCGCAGGGCACAGCGAAGAAUUGCACCGCCUGGUACCAGGCUGACAAGGGAGAUACUUGCAGCUUGAUUGUGACUAUGUUUGGCACAUUCUCGCGAGAGCAGUUCUUGUCUUGGAAUCCUAAUCUUGGAAGGGAGUGUCUUAAACUUACCCCUGGAUAUUAUUACUGUGUUGGUGAUGCAUCCACCCCCUCAACUCGCACUGCCAAACUUCCUGCACCAACCGAUUUCCCCACCACCUAUCCUCAUCAGCCUCGAGUAACCUGUGAUUGUAACAAGUGGUGGCUAGUCGGGCCGACCGAUACAUGCCUUCUGAUCACUCUGGCCAACGAAAUCUCCGUCAAGGACUUCUAUACCUGGAAUCCUGAUGUUGUGGGCCCGAACAAAAUGUGCGAAUACCUGCCUGCAGGGUUUGAGAUGUGUGUGGGAGUCGCUGCCUCUGCCCCAAGCAGUAAACCCACCCCUUCUCCAUCUAGCACUCGGAUUGCCAGCAGCAGUGCUCCGCCAGCGAGUACUCCACAUUCAUACCUCUACCCCCGCUCCGACAACGGCCACAACGACCUCGUGUCACGGAACUGGUUCUAUCACAUCUGUCCCAGUUCCAGGCUCGAGUUCUUCUACCGAUGCGUCGGGCCACUGCAGUCACUCCAGCUGCGGCUCUAUUACUUCUGUUACGGUUCCAAGUGCGAAUCACACGACAACAGUGAGCGGCCACUGCAGUCACUCCAGCUGCGGCUCUGUGAUUUCCACUCCUAUCGCUGA